AACAGAGUGAUAGAAAGCAGAGCCAUGAUAUCCAAUUCAAGCUAAAACUCUGUCCAUAGUAAAUGCAAACUCUUGAAACCCAAAUCACAAUCACCUAGUUUAAUGCAAUGCCAUUCUCAUUCUCCUCUCCCAUUUCCAAGAUAUUACUUGUAGUAGACUAUACUCAUUCAUUCAUUCAUAACAACAGAAGCAUGGAACAGGUCAUGAAGAACCAGAAUCAGCAUAAAAGCACUUCUAUCUAUGAAACUGCUUAAUUGAAUUAACUUAGCUGGCAAUGCCAUAACCUUCCUCCUCUUCAAAACCCAUUUUACCACCCACUCACUCUCACUGCCAGCCCAGUGUUAGCGGAUAGCCACACUAUCUGUAUUCUGUACUAUACACCCUAACUCACGCACGCACUUUCUGCCUCUCUCUCCCUUUCUCUCUCUCUAUCCCUCUCUCUCUCCCUCUCUACACUCACACACAAACUUUCUAUGCCUACAACAACACCUUCAUUUCUCUCACCAAACCCUCAACGUUAUUAUUAUCACCAACCCAUUAAAUUUCACCACUCUUCAUACACCCUCUACACUCCCUCCUCCUCCACCACCACCACCACCCGCACCAGGCCCCACUGGCCUCGCAUGGAAAUCGCCUCCUCCCGCCACCGCCGGAAAGACAAAGUCCUUGUCAUCAUGGGCGCCACCGGCUCCGGAAAAUCCCGCCUCUCAGUAGAACUCGCCAACCUCUUCCCCUGUUUCGAAAUAAUCAACUCCGAUAAAAUACAAGUCUACAAAGGACUCGACAUCACCACCAACAAGAUCCCAUUUCAUCAACGCAACAACGUCCCACAUCAUCUCCUCGGCGAUAUCGAUCCCUCCCACGGCGAGUUCUCCCCUUCAGAUUUCCGCCGCCACGCCGGAGAUAUUAUCUCCGAUAUAACUUCCCGGAGAAAGCUCCCCAUUAUCGUCGGAGGGUCCAACUCAUUCAUUCACGCUCUCCUCGUAGAACGAUUCAACCCUGAGUCAAAAGUCUUCGAUGAAGACUCUUCAUCUUCAUCAUCAUCAAAAACAAUCUCCUCGGAUUUAAGGUACAAAUGUUGUUUUCUCUGGAUGGAUAUAUCGUUUCCUGUGUUAUCCGAAUAUUUGCUGAAACGAGUCGACGACAUGUUUGACUCUGGAAUGGUGGACGAGUUAGCUGAGUUUUACGAACCGGGUUCGGAUAACCCGGAUAACCGAACCGGGUUGAGAAAAGCUAUCGGAGUACCCGAGUUCGAACAUUUUUUCAAUCAAUAUCCACCAGGUGGACUUCCCAUUGAAGACGAAGUUCAUAAUCCAAUGCGGGAAGGUGCAUACGAUGAAGCAGUGAAGGCGAUUAAAGAUAACACGUGUCAGCUUGCCAAGAGACAGAUAGGGAAGAUCCUACGGUUAAAACGAGCUGGGUGGGACCUACGGAGACUUGACGCCACGGAGGCGUUUAGGGCGGUGCUGACGUCAGAUUCUCACGGCGGAGACGGCGGAGGAGAGGAGUUUGCCGGUGUAUGGAAAAAACAAGUGUUGGAACCAAGCGUGAAGAUUGUGAAGCGAUUCUUGAUGGAGUAGGUCCUCCAGCUAAAUCCAGCUUAGCAACUUCAACUAUUUUAUUUUAUUUUUUAAAUUCUCUUUUAAUUAUUUUUCACAAGAAAAAAAAAAGAAAAAAAAAUUAGGGUACGAGGAAAGAUUUACAAAAAAUUGCAAGUUGGUGUCACCAAAUUUUGGCUCAUGUGAGGUUUUACAAUUUUUGUGAUGUACGAAAUGGUACCUACGAGUAUAGAAAAAUGUUGACAAAGUUUUGUUUGUUACUUUGUUUAUUGAUUGCGAAACCUUAAAUUGUGAAUGAUGUUUGUUUUGGUGUUGUUGGAUUUAUUCGUGUGACUCCCACCAUUUUGUUUGUUUCUUGGUCACGCGUUGGGUGUGGACGAUGAAAUGAUGAGAAACCAAAGGGUUUAUGUUUAUGUUUAUUUGAAUUUGAAUUAUAUACGGGUACGAUUGUACAAAUGAAUUGUACAAGUGGUGGAGGAUUGGUUUAUGAUGAGAGGGAAUGAGACAAUUCUCUCCAACCCCACAUUCA